AUGGUAAGCAAUCGGCGCGGCGGCGUCGCCCAUGGACACUUGGAACACCAGAAGCGUUACAAGUGCGUUACCGGCCUUUUGGGAAUUAGGCAUUAAGGAUUGUAGAAGAUUCAGGGAUUGGGGAGAGGGGGAGAUUUGGGACGAUGGAAAUCGAGCCUCCGGUAACUUCACAUACACGACGAAACACAACGGAAGCGUUGUUUCACGUCGGUUUUCAGAGAGGCCGUGGUAUCACUCCGAUCGAGCCGGCCCAUUCGUGCCGCAGUAUGGCUCUUCUUGAUUACCAGGUGAUUACAUUGUCAGUCAGUCAUUCAAU